AUGGCUAAUGUGGCUGAGGGUCUGUGGCUUGGGUCCAGUGAAGUGGCCUUGAAGUGCUUCACCUGUCAUGAACCUGAGAGCGUGUCCAACUGUGUCACCAUUGCUACAUGUCAUGAGAAUGAAACCAUGUGCAAGACCACGUUAUACUCUCUGGAAGUGGUAUUCCCUUUCCUGGGGGACUCCACCGUGACCAAGUCCUGUGCCAGCAAAUGCGAGCCCUCGGACGUGGAUGGCAUCGGCCAAACGCGGCCAGUGUCCUGCUGCAACUCUGAGCUGUGCAAUGUGGACGGAAUGGCCUCCCUGCACCGUCCCUCCGGCCUAGCCCUCGCCCUGACGCUUACCUCACUCAUGGGUCUCCUGCUCUAGAGCCCUGGCCGACCCUGCCCAGCCCAGCCCCAUAUGCCCUGAACAAACCUCCACCUUCACCCGCCUCCUGACUUUGCUUUGUGAGUGCUUAACUGCUCUGCAGGCAGGGAGA